AUGUCAGAAGCAGAGACAGACAAGGUAAAAAUCAAACCAGCAGAAAGUUUUGAAAAUGACAAGCAGAAUAUUUCUUGGCUGAAGAAAGAACUGGACAAGCCCAUCCUACAGCCUCUUGGAGAUUCAGACAGCUGUACCAGCUCCCUGACUCUCCCAGUGCUCCCCAGGGUGACGCUGAGCAGUGAGAACGCCCAGUCUUUUUUCUCUUAAUCCCCACCAGAUAACCAGCUUAUAAAUGAAAAGCAUACAGACGAAAAGCCUGUGAAAAAUAUUGUUAUGAGUACUGUCACAGAAUUCAGCAUCACAGAUGCUUCAUCAAAGGAAACCAAAAAUGAGAAGAAAUUGUCAAAUGCAAGCAGAUCAUCCAUUGCUUCCCUGGAGAAAUGCAGAGAGUUCACCUACAUCGAAGAUGAUGCAUCAGUACAUCAGAGAGAUAGUGAUGAUGAAUGCGCAACUAUCCUGGCCUGCUUGUUCUGCCAAUUUUGACUUCUUAUAAUGCUGCCUGAUACCUGUGAACAUUGGCUGACAGAUACCUGUUGUCCAUCCAAUAGAUACUACCAGACUUCCAAUGAAGACCACACCAACAACGACUGCAACUGUGGUGACAUUGAUUGCAGCCUUUUUGAGUCCUGCCAUGAGACUGGUGAAUCUGAACUUGCCAUGGAAAUUUCUGAAGUUUGCUAUCGGCUAAUAGGAAAAUAUUAGACAAAAGUCCUGAAAACUGCCUGAAAGGGAAAUGGCAGAGUACAAAGGAGAUUUUUUUUUUUUUUUUAAUAAUAACAAAAAUAACCAGAGUGUUUGCCACCAGGACUAUGUGCAUCAUGCUGCGCCCACCCUGGAGGUCUGUAUAUCUGUACCAUACUGGUUGUAUGAUAAUAAAGGGCAAAAAGGGUCUCCUCCUUUGCCAUAGACAACAAGAGAAUUCCUAAGUGCCAAGCGUGCUCAAUGCUUUAUCCACUUUCAAUGCGAUGCUUUUAUAAACCUAAUUGCUUUAAACAUGGAUUUUCCCCAUUCACAAACAGGACAAUUAGGACAUUCUUUUAGGACUGAUAUAUAUUAGUUCAUCUUCCUAAUGGAUUCAUACAUAAACAUGUAUUACACCUUGUUGGUUAUUAUAAUAAUGUAUGAUACAGCAUCAUUUAUAAUUAAAAAUUUAUUUAUUCAAUCUCUUAAAACACACUUAUAUGCUCAGUUUAGGUAGAAAAGAAAAUUAAAUGAAUUAGAAACCAUGCUAGCUGUAAUUACAGCAAAUGUCUCUAAAAUCUCCAGUGAAUUUUGUAGAGGAAGCAUUUUAACAGGGUAGUGCAAUUCGACAGUGUAUUA